AUUGAGUGAUUUCUAUUACUAUUUGACAGUUGUGUAUUUUGUGAGUUGAAAUUUGUGAAGGUUAGAAUUGUAACUUAAAGUUUCAUCUGUUUUUUUGACUACGUUUUACAGUCAUAUUAAGUGUAAAUUGUAUUUAUGUUUAACUAAUACAUGCACAAUCAAAUAUAAUAUGUUCUAGCACAUAAAUAAAUAAAUUUAAACACACAUUCCAAAAUGUCCAACUUGGAUAAACAGUAUGAAGAAGAUUUGGAGCGAGCCCAGGCUCUUAGUUUGGAGUCACUUGCCUUAGAGCAAUUUAGAAGGAAAAAAAUUAUACAAGAGUCAAAACAUAAUAUGACACCAGACAAGGUCAAAGUUAAAAACUCAACAGUAGUGAGGGCAUCAUCAAUGAAGGAGACCGAAUCUCAGCAAGCGAAAUACGACUUCCAAUUGAGCCGACCACGACCCGGAGGCGGCGGAUCGACUGGCAGUCCCGCCGGAUCACUUCUGGCGCCGCCUCCCUCCUCCCAGAGAAAGCAAAGUUCAUCAUCAUUCGAUUCUGGACCAGACCUUAUCUCAUUCAGCAGCCCGCCUACUUCCACCCACGAGAUCAUCAAUUUCUGCAACCAACAGAUUUACAACAGUUCGACAACAGUGGCGCAACCAAGAAGUCCGUACAACAUUUACCAGGGACACUUGGAACCGCCGUUGUUGUUCGGAAUCAAGAGGGACCCGAUGAAUCCGUCGCCCAGACCGAAGCUGAACAUGACGCCGAACAUGCCCAUGAUGCAGCAUUAUCCGGCUACACCCCCUGCGCAAAUUAACACUUUUCAACCAGUGCGCACCAGUCCCGUACCCUACGUCAACAAUCCGGUCAAACAGAUUCAGCCACCGCCUCUACCAGCCAAGAACACAACAAAGUACACACCUGUAACUAAAAGGGUGAAAGACACGUCAAACAAUCUGAUUGACUUUUUACAACCAACUGGACAGGUCAGAGUCAGCAUUUUAGAUGAGUUUGAUCCGCUAUCAAGUUCGAGCACACACAGAGCAACUAGUCCCGAAUGUCAAGUGGAUGAUGGUGCGUCAGUCUGCGACAGCGUCUAUGGCGAUUACGAUCCGUACGAUUACAUUCAGCAGGGAUCGAGCAACAACAGUCUGAUCGAGUCAAUCUAUGCCACGGUCAACAGGCCGGAACAUUCGCCGCAAUCGCCUCCGCCACCGUUACCACCCAGGGCUGAAAAAGUGCACAGUCUUCUGUCCUCUAAUUCUGAUCAUCUUAAGGGAGAAUUGAAUCUAUUAGAAAAGGUCGGAAAAAGCGGCGAUCAAGCAUGGCAAAUAAAAGAUCCAGAUUUAAAAGAAUUUUACGAAAUGGUGUACAAAUUAAGAAACGACUAUCGACAUAAUGAAGUAAACAGAAACAUUGGUUUAAUAGUGAGUCCCAUGAUUAAACUCAGGUGUCCUGAAGACUUGAGCGUUAAACUCUGUGUACAUCCAGACUUUGAUGGAGCCCAAUUUGAUAGUCCCAUUUAUUUUACCUGUGCUGUUUCUACAAGUGUUGAACACGUAACUCUGCAGCUUAUUUGCAAUUUGGAGGCACCUUCAGACGACAAUUAUACGUUAAAGGUGAAAGGAUACGAUGAAUAUUUAGUCCCUACUAGUUUAUUAUCAGAUUAUGAGUAUGUGCAUAACUGUAUUAAAUUGGAAGAAGAUAUCGUCCUCAUAUUGAUUCCAGAUAGAAAGAAAGAAAAACCAUUUGCUCGAACCUCCCAAGAUGAUAUAAUAGAUAAGCACAUCAAAUUCCACGAUAUAAUUCCAUGCGACAUGGAGCCAUGCAUAAACUAUGAUAGUCUGAUAAUUCUCCUCGAAACGCUGGAAAGCGAAAUGAAGAAGUUGGAAGAAGCCGCGAAAAAAGUAACCAACAAAACUAGUCCGAUGGACAUGCCGUUAACGCAGCCACAAAAAGUUACGCAGUCUGUGAAAUGUGUUGUGAAUCUGAUGGGCAAUUUGUAUACUUUGGACAUCAUGGACAGUGUGGAAGAAUUACAAAAAGUUUGCUCCAACUCUAUGGCCAGUAAUAAUUUGGAGGAAGACGUGAAACGGACGUGUAACAAAAUUAGAUUGGCCGUCUUGAAUUUGGUGGAAAUGUAUUCGUCGGCAUUUUCAGUAGAUUUUGAAAUAAAAACACCUCCAGCAAAAUCAGAAGUUUUAUACGUGCAAGACGUUCAGGAUUCAGUUUUGAUAAGAGUUUGCUCCAUUUACCGCCCUCCGGUCAAAUGGAAAUACCAUUCCUACAACAUAGACGUGCGAAUCUGUCACGGAACGAGAACAAUACAUAAAAUAUGUUAUCAGAACGACUACAAAUAUAAAAUAGAGCAGGAUUUUUGGCCGGGCAGAAUUGUAGUCGACAGCUGGUUUCAGUUCGACGAAGUAAAAAUCAACUCGUUGGCGAGAGAAACAAGACUAGUCAUUGUGCUUCACGGCAGAACAUUGGACGAAUCGGAUUCGAACGACAAUGGUGUCGAGAAGUUCCAGGAGGAGGAGAUCGGUUGGGCGUCCGUGCAAUUUUUCGGUGUCGACAGGAAAUUCAGGAACGGUAACAUAUUGCUGUCGAUAUGGCCGGCCGAAUCGAACUUCUUGCAUCACGGGCCCGCGUCUGAAUCGUCGCCGGCUGGAAGUCCGAUGAUCGGCGUCGAGAUUUUGUCGCCGUCGAACAUCGAAUUUCCCAAACACGUGCCGACGUUCCCGUUGACGAUCGGUGACUUUAAAAGCUUGGAUAAUCAAACGCAGGAAGUGCUGAUGGAUGUGUGCAGCAAGAACAUGCUUUAUAAAAUACCUCCGACUGUCCGAGAAGUUUUAUGGGAGAAACGUAAUUAUUUAUUCGCAUAUCCCGAAGCCUUACCUAAAGUAUUAUUGGCGGCCAGAAGUUGGGCGUAUUCCGAUUUGUCGGAGUUGCACGCCAUGGUCAACUUGUGGAAGCCACUAAAACCGAUACAAGCACUAGAGUUACUAUUACCCACAUAUCCGGAUUUGGAAGUCCGAAAGCUGGCAGUAAAAUUAAUCUGCGGAUUUCCCGAAGACGAACUAAUCGACUAUUUACCUCAAUUGGUUGUGGCCUUGAGAUUUGAGACUUACGACACUUCGAGUCUUGCUCAAAUGCUUCUCGAGUAUUCGCUUCGUUCACCGCGAUUUGCGCACUGCUUGUUUUGGUUGUUGAGUCACAAACUGCGACAACUGAAUGAUAAAAAUUGGGACCAAAACGAGAACUUAGAAAUACGAUAUUUGAGGAGGAUGAGGCUGAUGUAUCGAUCCUUAAUCGCGAUUUGCGGCGAAGCUUUAAGAAAAACACUUUUCCGACAAGACGCACUUGUUACACAUUUAGAUAACGCCGCUUUGGCUGUUCAACAAGCGAAAGACCAACCCAAGAAAUGCCUCUCAACUGAACUUAUAGCAAUAAAUGAGUUUCUAAACUAUGAACCAACCAGUUUACCUCUAUCACCGUCAUUACGAGUAAUCGGCAUCGACGUGCACACCAGCAGUUAUUUUCCCUCCAACACUUUGCCGCUCAAAAUCAAUUUCAUUAUGAAGGACACCUCAAUGAUGUCCGCUAUUUACAAAGUGGGCGACGACCUGCAACAGGACAUGCUGACGUUGCAAAUGGUUAGACUGAUGGACAAGCUGUGGUUGAACGAAGGUCUGGACUUGAAAAUCGUGACGUUCAAGUGUGUGCCAACGUCGGACAAGAAGGGAAUGAUUGAAAUGGUAACCAACGCGGAGACGCUGAGGAAGAUACAGACCGAGCACGGUUUAACCGGUUCGUUCAAAGACAAACCGAUUGCGGAGUGGUUGGGCAAGCACAAUCCUUCAGAGCUGGAAUACGAGAGGGCUGUUCAAAAUUUCACCGCUUCGUGUGCUGGCUACUGUGUGGCGACUUAUAUAUUGGGUAUCUGUGAUAGACAUAAUGAUAAUAUUAUGUUGAAAACUUCGGGGCACUUGUUUCAUAUUGAUUUCGGAAAGUUCCUGGGGGACGCACAAAUGUUUAAGAAUUUUAAGCGGGAUCGAGUGCCUUUUGUAUUAACCUCGGACAUGGCGUAUGUGAUCAACGGGGGUGACAAACCGACCGAAAAGUUCCACCGUUUUGUGGAUUUGUGCUGCCAGGCCUUCAACAUCAUUCGCAACAACGCCAACCUUCUCAUAUGCCUGUUCACCAUGAUGGCUUCGUCGUCUGCAAUUGCGGGCGUGACCGCCGAUUCCGUUCAGUAUUUGAAAGAGGCGCUGUUGUUGAGGAACGAGGAUGAAGUUUCGAAUGCGGAAGCGGCCGCCAAGUUUGCUAGGAUGAUUCAGAGUUCGCUCAAGUCGUGGUUUACGCAAGUCAACUUCUUUCUCCACAACAUCGCCCAGCUCAAGUUCAGCUCAGAGACGGACGACUGUUCCGUUCUCUCGUUCGUUCCUAAAGUCUACAGUAAAGAUGUGGAUGGUAAAAUCGUCGACGUUGAAGUUCUGGGUUAUAAAAAACGGUAUGAUCCCGACAAAUAUUAUGUUUAUUUGUUGAAAGUCUACCGUGAGAAUUCAUCACAGCCGAUGAUAAUUCAGAGAACGUACAAGGAAUUGUGUGAACUUCAUCAAAAGCUGUGCAUGGCUUUUCCAUUAGCCACUUUAUCUAGCUUGACAACAGGCCUUCACAUGGGUCGAUCGAACAUAAAGCAAGUGGCUGAAAAACGAGUUGCCGAAAUAACCAGAUUCAUCUCCACCCUUUUGAUGUGUGCUGACGAAAUUCGCCAGUCGAAUUUAGUCUUCACAUUUUUCCAUCCGCUGUUGCGAGACCAACAGGACGAUCAUUCCAAAAAACUGAAAGACAACACGGUUCACGUGCACGGUAAACUGUCGGGCCAGAUAAAGUUGGCGUUCCAGUUUUCGAAAGACGCCUUCACCGUCAUGGUCCACCACGUCAGGGGGUUGCCGCGUCUGUCGAACGGGCAGGAACCGUCGACGUACGUGAAGAUCUACCUACGACCAGACGACAACAAGGAAACGAAACGAAAAACCAAAGUCGUGAAGAGGAACUGCCAUCCCAGUUUUAUGGAAAUGUUGGUUUAUCGGCUGCAAAAAGACAGAAUCCAAGACAAGAAACUGCAGGCGACGGUUUGGAACUACGACGCGUUGCAGGAGAACGAAUUCAUGGGUGGUGUCGAGCUCGACCUGAGCAACUUCAACCUGGAGGUUGAGACGACCGAGUGGUAUCCUUUGGGCAACUUGGUCAGCAAAUAGCACUUGUAUCAGCCGGUGUUGCGUGCCGGGAGGACGCACGGUGGCUACGCACAAUUCCAAUAAAUCGCACCUCGUUUGCGGCCAGUUCGAAAUUGUUCAUUAAGCUGGGCAAACUUUUCAAUGGGCUUUAGAUGUGUUGGUGGGUUGGAUGGAAAUUCAUACAGGGUGCACGUUUAGAUACAGUUCAGAAUAGAAUUAGUGUACGUUUAUACACUUAUCUCGUAGGCAACUAAAACAUUAUUGAAUUUAGCAGUUAAUUGCCUUGUCACUUUUUAUUGUCCUUUUUAUUUAUUUAUAUUCUAAAAUAAUGAAACUAUUUUAACACAAUAUAAUUUAUACAUCUUUUAUUGCUGUGUUUAUCUAUUUGUAAUUUAUAUACACUAUAGAAUUUUCAUUUUUAUUGUAAAGUUAAUUAGUUUACACUUCAAUUUAAAUAUAAUCUGUGAUAUAUAGUGAAAAGCAUGUUAUUUAUGUACUAAUAGAGCACUCACAACGAAAAGUUUGCCCAACCACUAAAAUCUCUAUAUUUAAUCAAGAUUUUCAUUUAUUAUACACUUUUAAUAUAUGCAUUUAUAUUUAUUAAUAUGAAUUUUAUUAAAACGUGUUUUGUUAUUGUUUACUUAGUUUUUCAUAUUUAGUAGUUAUGUAUUUAUAAUUUUUAGAUAUUUUAUUAUUAUGCCAAAGUUUUUGUAGAAAUCAAUUGACUCUUUCCAGAUCUUGCAUACUUAUAAGCUAUUGAUGUUCCCAAAAUAUAGCCAAAUCAACUUGUGACGAAUUUUAAAACUCUGAGGCCUUAGAAAUAUGGCAAUGCAUCUUGCAAUAAUUUUUGAUGCCUAAAUAAAUGUUUUAUAAAAUAAUUUAAUGAAGCUCAGUAAAUGUGAUACACUCAAACUAAACACUCAAUAUAAAUGUGGAAUUGUAUAUUUUAUCUAUAAUGAAUGGAAUCUUCAAUAUCUAAAUGUCAAACUGCAUUUUAAAAUUUUUAACAAUAUUUUAAUUGUGAGAUGGAUGUAAUCUUACCUUAAGACGUAAUUAAUAAAUUACAACUUCAUCAUAUUUCAUUGAGCUAAAUUGUGAAUUUGCAGGUCAAAUUCAUUAUUUUACAUAUAAUAUGCUUGCCAUUACAUUUACUCUACUGUAAUCAUAAACAGCUUAUUAAUUAUGUCAUUUAUUAAUAAUUGUAUUAAAUAAAGUAUAUCAAUUAGUAUUUUGUAAGCUGUAAAACUGUAACUGAUGCAUUUAUUUUGUACCUUUGUAUACAUACAAUCUCUUCUA